CUUAACCAGACUUCUGCGAUUCAUUGCCCUCUCACUGAAACUCUUUGAUGAAUCUAAUAGAAUUAAAUCCUAAUUUAUUGCCUAAUAAUUAAUUAAUCUCUAUUUGUUUUAUACCAAGUAGAAGUGAAAGAGAAAGUAGUUUAAUAAUAAAGAUGCAAGGAUAUUCAAAUGGCGGAGGAGGAGGAGAAGGUGGCCCCGCCGACUUGGCGAAGCUGCAGUCCAUCAUGCAAUCUAUCGAGAUCGCCUGCUCUAGCAUUCAGAUGCAUGUGAAUCCAGCUGCAGCUGAGGCAACUAUUUUGGCCCUAUGCCAGUCACCUCAGCCAUACAAGGCGUGUCAGUUCAUUCUUGAGAAUUCACAGGUGACAAAUGCAAGAUUUCAGGCUGCUGCAGCAAUUCGAGAUGCAGCUAUGAGAGAAUGGGCAUUCCUUACAGCUGAUGACAGGAGAGGCUUGAUAAGUUUUUGCCUAUGCUUUGUUAUGCAGCAUGCUUGUUCGCCAGAAGGUUAUGUCCAAGCAAAGGUGUCUUCUGUGGCAGCUCAGUUGAUAAAAAGAGGAUGGCUUGAUUUGUCUGCAUCUGAGAAGGAAGCAUUUUUUAAUCAGGUAAACCAGGCUAUUUACUGUAAUCAUGGAGUAGAUGUGCAGUUCAUUGGAAUCAAUUUUCUGGAAUCUUUGGUAUCUGAAUUUUCUCCGACUACUUCAAGUGCAAUGGGCCUUCCUAGGGAGUUUCAUGAGCAGUGCCGGAUGUCGUUAGAGCAAGACUAUCUGAAGACAUUUUACUGUUGGGCACGAGAUGCUGCUAUAAGUGUUACAAAAGUAAUAAUUGAAUCUGAUGCUGCGGUAUCUGAAGUUAAAGUUUGUACUGCUGCACUUCGUCUCUUGCUUCAAAUCUUGAACUGGGAUUUCCGGUAUAACACCAGUGGCACAAAAAUGAGUAUAAAUGUUUUUUCAGCUGGAGUCAGGCAAGAUAGUGCUUCAGCUAAGAGAACUGAGUGUAUCUUAGUGCAGCCUGGUCCAGCAUGGCGUGAUGUUUUAAUUUCAAGUGGUCAUGUUGAGUGGGUCUUGAACUUAUAUGCGGCACUGAGGGAGAAGUUUUCGUAUAAGGGUUACUGGCUUGACUGUCCCAUUGCUGUCUCUGCUAGAAAGCUUAUUGUGCAAUUCUGCUCCCUAACUGGAACCAUAUUUUCUUCUGAUAAUGGGCAAAUGCAAGAGCACCAUUUGCUACAACUGCUAUCUGGGAUAUUACCAUGGGUUGAUCCUCCUGAUGUUGUGGCUAAGGCAAUUGAAUCUGGAAAAAGUGAAAGUGAGAUGCUUGAUGGUUGCCGUGCAUUGUUAUCUAUUGCCACUGUAACAACCCCCUUCAUAUUUGACCAACUCCUAAAAUCGAUAAGGCCCUUUGGUACUCUUACCCUGCUAUCAACCUUGAUGUGUGAAGUUAUUAAAAAUCUUAUGCUGAAUAGCUCAGAAGAGGGGACAUGGAGCUGGGACGCACGUGAUAUUUUGUUAGAUACAUGGACCACCUUACUUGUGUCAAUUGAUAGCAAGGAAGGAAAUGCAUUACUUCCAUCCGAAGUGUUAAAUGCUACAGCUAGUCUCUUUGCCUUGAUUGUAGAGUGUGAGCUAAAAGUGGCUUCUAUGUCAGCAAUGGAUGACAACUUCAACUACGUUCAGGCUUCCAUUUCUGCCAUGGAUGAAAGAUUAAGUUCUUAUGCUCUCAUUGCAAGAGCAGCAAUUGAUGCUACAGUUCCUCUACUCACGAGGCUGUUUACAGAGCGCUUUGCACGGCUUCAUCAGGGCAGGGGCAUGAUUGAUCCAACUGAGACUUUGGAGGAACUUUAUUCAUUGCUACUAAUCACUGGACAUGUACUUGCUGAUGAAGGGGAGGGAGAGACACCCUUGGUUCCAAAUGCUAUACAAACUUGUUUUUUGGACACCUUGGAAGCAGAUAAACAUCCAGUUGUCAUUCUCUCCGGCUCAAUUAUAAAAUUUGCUGAGCAGUGUUUAGAUCCAGAAAUGAGAUUAUCAAUUUUCAGUCCUCGACUUAUGGAGGCUAUUGUAUGGUUUCUCGCAAGAUGGUCCCAGACAUAUCUCAUGCCUUUUGAAGAAAUUAGAGAUGGUUACAGCAAUUUUGGUCAUGAUUACGAACAUCAGCUUCAGUCAUUACAUUCCAGGAAAGCUUUGCUUAGUUUUUUUGGAGAACAUAAUCAGGGAAAGCUCGUGCUUGACAUUAUUGUUCGUGUUGCUAUAACGACACUUGUUUCAUAUCCUGGCGAGAAAGAUUUGCAGGAACUCACAUGUAACCAGCUACUACAUGCACUGGUUCAAGGAAAAAAUAUUUGUUUACACCUUGUUGCACUGGAUUCAUGGCGUGAACUGGCAAAUGCUUUUGCUAAUGGUAAAACUUUGUUUUUGUUAAAUUCAACCAAUCAGCGUUCACUAGCUCAAACACUUGUUCUCUCAGCUUAUGGAAUGAGAAAUGCAGAAGCAUCAAAUCAAUAUGUACGGGAUCUUACUAAUCAUAUUACGACAUAUCUAGUAGAAUUGUCUAACAAGAAUAAUCUCAAAAAUGUGGCACAACAACCAGAUGUCAUUCUUUCAGUCAGUUGCUUGUUAGAGCGGCUCCGUGGAGCUGCCAAUGCCACUGAACCUCGAACACAGAAGGCAUUAUAUGAAUUGGGCUUCUCUGUAAUGAACCCUAUUCUGCUUCUUCUUGAAGUUUAUAAACACGAGUCUGCAGUUGUUUAUCUGCUACUUAAAUUUAUUGUUGACUGGGUAGACGGACAAAUUUCUUACCUAGAGGCUCAAGAAACUGCUGUUGUUGUAGAUUUUUGCAUGCGUUUGCUUCAACUUUAUGCAUCUCACAAUAUCGGCAAGGUUCUAAUGACUCUCUCAAGCAGCUUACUUAAUGAGGCAAAGACUGAAAAAUACAAAGAUUUGCGUGCUCUUCUUCAACUUCUCUCAAGUCUCUGUUCAAAAGAUCUAGUUGACUUCUCGUCAGAUUCCAUUGAAGCUCAGGGCACCAAUAUAUCUAAGGUUGUUUUCUUUGGUCUACACAUUGUCACCCCUCUUAUAUCCUUGGACCUGUUGAAGUACCCCAAGCUUUGUCAUGAUUAUUUCGCAUUGCUUUCUCAUAUGUUGGAGGUUUACCCCGAAACUGUUGCCCAACUAAAUACUGAAGCUUUAGCUCAUGUACUUGGAACUCUUGACUUCGGUCUUCACCAUCAGGACUCAGAAGUUGUUGAUAUGUGCCUGAGAGCUUUGAAAGCUCUUGCCUCCUUCCACUACAAGGAGAUGAGUGCUAGUAAAGUAGGCUUGGGUGCACUUGCUGCUGGUCUCAAAGAUUCAAAUGGAAAUCCACAGGAAGGGAUUUUGAGUCAGUUUCUUCGUUCAUUGUUGCAGUUACUCCUUUUUGAGGACUACAGCCCCGAUCUGGUCAGUACUGCAGCAGAUGCUCUCUUUCCAUUGAUCCUCUGUGAACAAGGUUUAUACCAGAGAUUAGGAAAUGAAUUGAUUGAAAGGCAGGUAAAUCCAACACUCAGAUCAAGACUGACAAAUGCAUUGCAGUCCCUAACGAACUCAAAUCAGCUUUCUUCUACUCUUGAUCGUGUGAAUUACCAGAGAUUCAGGAAGAACCUAAACAACUUCCUGAUUGAAGUUCGUGGAUUCUUACGGACAAUGUGAUAUGUGCAAUCAUAUGUAUAUAUGUUGGAAAAAACUUUUUGUUCUCUCAUUGUUACUGUUGUGAGAUUCAGAAAUUAAAGGAAGCAUCCAUUUGUCA